AUGCUUCUAAGGCUUCGUGCGCCGGAUGGCAUGUUCCGCCUGACGGUGGAGAAGGACAACACAUUCGACGAUCUUGGCCGCAAACUCCUCCCGCAGCUCCCGAAAACAGUAAAUCCCAAGACCAUAACCCUCUCAAACCACCCAAGUGGCGGCGACGCGAAGAAGAUCGAGGAAAUUGCCAAAUUCAAAAUCGGCCAGAUAGGAUUAAGCCACGGUGACCUGAUAUUUAUUAGCUAUCAACACCAGGAUGCUGAAUCUAACGGCCACGCAAACGGCCACGCUCCGAAGUCAGCAGCGUUGUCGUCAACCAACCGCCUCAACGGGAAGCCGAUCCUCCCGACAGAACACUUCCCCAUCGACCCUCUGCCGGUGUCGUCCACUGCAGAAAAGAUCAAAAACCCUUGGGAGACGGUUAGGCAGUCUGCUCUGGACGACCGGUUGGACAAAAAAGAUGGCAAGAUUCCGCGAAAGUUCGACGUAAAGAUGUGUCGCCACGGGCCCAAGGGCAUGUGCGAUUACUGCAUGCCUCUGGAUCCCUUCAACGCCAAGUACCUCGACGAGAAGAAGAUUAAAUACAUGUCUGUGCACUCAUAUCUGCGCAAGGUCAACUCGGCGACGAACAAGCCGGAGCUCGGCAGCUCCUUCAUACCUCCGCUCGUCGAACCCUACUAUCGGGUGAAGCGCGACUGCCCGGCGGGGCAUCCCCAGUGGCCUGAAGGCAUUUGCACAAAGUGCCAGCCCAGCGCCAUUACGCUGCAACCUCAAACUUUCAGGACUGUGGACCAUGUCGAGUUUGCGUCGCCGCAAAUUAUUGAUAACUUCCUUGACGCGUGGCGGAGGACUGGAGCGCAGCGUUUUGGGUUUCUUUAUGGCAAGUACGUCGAGUACGACGUAGUGCCCCUCGGCAUCAAGGCCGUGGUGGAGGCAAUCUACGAGCCUCCGCAGGUUGACGAGGCUGACGGCAUAUCGCUCAACCCUUGGGAAAAUGAACAGGAUAUCAACCAGGUAGCCCAGCUCUGCGGCCUUGAGCAAGUGGGAAUCAUCUGGACCGACCUCCUGGACUCUGGCGAGGGAGACGGAACCGCCAUCUGCAAACGGCACGCGGACUCACACUUUCUUGCAUCUCAGGAGAUCUACUUCGCCGCGCGCCUCCAGGCUCAGCACCCGAAAGUCACGAAAUGGAGCGAUACUGGCAGGUUUGGAUCCAACUUUGUCACCUGCGUCAUAUCUGGCAACGAGAAGGGCGAGAUCUCAAUAUCAGCCUAUCAAAUGUCGAACGAUGCAGUAGAAAUGGUCCGGGCGGACAUAAUCGAGCCAUCAGCCGACCCCACCGUGAUGCUCGUUCGCGAGGAAGAGGAAGACGACGGCUCGGUGAGCAGAACGCGGUAUAUACCAGAGGUGUUUUACCGCAAGAUCAACGAAUACGGGGCCAACGUGCAGGAAAACGCGAAGCCGGAUUUCCCAGUCGAAUAUCUCUUUGUCACACUCACACACGGCUUUCCCGAAGCACCGAAGCCAAUCUUCAUAAAUGAUAGCUUCCCGAUUGAGAACAGGGAGAGUCUAGGGGAAGCACAGGAGCUUUCUGCAGUCGCUAAGGCGCUUAAGGUGAACCAAAAGGACGACCGUCUAGACGUUUCUAGCUUUCAUCUUUUAUCCUUCAUCCACCAAAUGGGUGUCUUGUCAAAGGAGGAAGAAGCGCUACUUUGCCGGGUGGCCACACAACACGACUUGGCCGAGUUUUUCCAACUGCGGUCGACCACAGGAUGGCAAACACUGCACGCCAUCCUUCAAUCCACUGGUGAGAGAAUUCCUAAGCGCUCCAGAUCUAAUGACAGCGGAGGACCUGCUACUUCGGCGGCUGCGGCGGCCCUGUCUCCCUCUGGAUCCUCUUUCAGAUACGACGACGAGGAACCCCUUGCUAAGCGCUUUGCGGCUGUCAGGCUGAACGAGGACCGCCAUGCAUUAUUAAGAAAGGCACCGCCGGGAACAGGUCCACCAGGUGAUACGCCGAGGAAGUAG